AUGACCGCCUCAUUGCUCCUCCACUCGCACUGGAUUGACCCGGUGAUGUUCCUCUACGACAACGGCCUGGAUGAGAGAAGCAAGAACAUGGAGGGAUUUACUGGAGGCAAUUUCGCUGCGAACCAGUGCAGGAACUUGUUAGCGCAUCCGACCUCGCUGGCUCCCAGCACCACUUACACUGCGAAUGAGGUGCCAGUCUCUGGCAUGGGGGAGCCGGGCAAACAGUGUAGCCCCUGUUCUGCCACUCAGAGUUCACCCAACGCGUCUCUGCCCUAUGGAUAUUUUGGCAGCAGUUACAGUUAUCCAUGUAGGAUGUCACACGGCAGCGUCAAGGCGUGCGCGCAGCCCUCUGGUUAUGGCGAGAAAUACAUGGACUCCUCUGUCUCCGGUGAGGAGUUUUCGAGCAGGGCGAAAGAAUUUGCUUUUUACCAGGGCUACUCCUCCGGUCCCUACCAGCCAAGCUACUUGGAUGUGCCUGUCGUGCCGGCGCUCAGUGCGCCAUCUGAGCCAAGACACGAGCCCCUGUUGCCCAUGGAGCCCUACCAGCCAUGGGCCAUCACCAAUGGCUGGAGUGGUCAAGUUUACUGCACCAAGGAGCAGCCCCAGCCAAAUCCCCUUUGGAAAUCCUCGUUACAAGAAUCGAUAUCUGCUGGAGACAGCUCUGCUCGCCGGGGGAGGAAGAAGCGUGUGCCAUACACCAAGGUGCAGCUGAAAGAACUGGAGAGGGAGUACACCACCAAUAAAUUCAUCACCAAGGACAAAAGGAGAAGGAUAUCCGCGCAGACGAACCUGACAGAGAGACAAGUGACAAUCUGGUUUCAGAACAGGCGCGUAAAGGAGAAGAAGGUUGUUCAUAAAUUCAAGAGCUCCAGUUAG